CAGGUCCCGUUACUCUGCAUGGAUGGAUUAAAACUUUCUCAGUCGGGAGCCAUUGUGCGCUAUCUCGCCGCGAAACACGGUAUGGAUGGCAGUCCAGAUGUGUACCACAAAACACAGUGCGACAUCAUAGCCGAGUGUCUGCGCGAUUAUAAGGCCGACGCGUAUGGAGCGUGGGAGUACUGGCUUGGGCCCGAUCCUAGUCCCGAGCGACUGACUAAACUGCAAGCGAGCAACGGCAGGUUUCUACCCAGGUUUGAGAGACAACUAAAGAGGAAUAGAGAGGAGGACGGGUACAUUGGCGGCUUCCUUGUUGGGCCUAAACUGACCUAUGCAGAUGUAUACGCUUCCGAAGUACUGGAAGAAGUGGUGGCCGCCAUACCAGAGGCGCUGAGUGCCUAUCCACUCACAGCAGCCCUGCUGGAACAGACUCGUGCACACCCAGGCAUAGCAGCGUUUCUCUCCGGCAAGGAUGGGCACCGCAAGAUGAUUAAUGCUGCUGAGAAAGACAUCAUAACGUACAGAGCAAAUGUGGACAGGGCUCUGGGUCGGUAGAUGUAUUUCAGUAGGCAGUUGUUCCUUGGUAGAAUCAGCACAGAUGAUAUAUUGAAAGGAAAAAAUGUCUGCAAUAUCCUUUAACGUUUCAGGUCGCGGCAUGCGAGCGGUUAUAAAAACAUGAAUGGUUGCC